AUGGAGGCCAUUGAAUUGUAUAAGGAAGAAAGACAGAAAGAACUUGAACAUAAAGCGAGUCAAGUGACAAAAGACGUUAGUGAACUUGAAGAAUCGUUGCUUGUGUUACCGUUUGACUAUGUUAUUGAUGUACUGAAACUUCUUCUUGAGUGGAUUAAGAAUGGUUGGGAAACAGAGUUAAGUUGUCGAUGUUUGUUCUUUCUGCUGCGAAUACAUCACAACAAGAUCAUAUCCAUUCCUGAACUACUGCCAGUAAUAGACUCUAUCAGAUCACAUUGUCGUAGCCGAGUUCGCGAAAUGAAGGAUACUGUUGGAUUCAAUUUGGCGGGACUACAGUUUAUUCAAAGACAGCUUGAGAAUCGUGACGUCACAUUCUUUGGCGAGACACGCGAGAGACUGGGACAAAUACGAAAAAAGAAGACAAUUGUGAGGAAAUUUCGAUGAAGGUUAUUUUGUUGUUGAUACUUUGACAAUUAAAACGAUUGUCUUCAAAAGUA